UAUUGCAACAGAAUACAAGACCUGGCAGCGAUUGCAAAUCACUGGGCAAUCGGAUAUUGGACGCAUUUCCACCGAGCCCGUGCAGUUGGCCGAAUUUAUUCAAAUCAGUUGAAUUCCGCUUGGGAAGCGUAUAGGUGGUGUCGUCGUCUCUUAGGAUCUUCGCGUCAAUUGCAAUGUGCAAAUACGUCUUAAUUGCUGCACUGGCCGUAAUGUGCUCCAUGGUCCCAGUGCUAGCCACGCUGCACGAUCUGCCCGCGGUCUUUGACUUCUCCAACGUCGAUCUGGUUAACUUCCAGUACUUCAAGAACCUGCCCUCACAGGAUCCCCGAACCGCAGCCACCGCCAAUCCGUUUCUGGAGCACUUUCAGAAAAAGAAGGCGGUGCUGGAUUACUUCGACCGUCUGUUCUUUGGCAACUCGCCGUUCCAGCAACCCAGCGAGAUUCCCUUCGAUCCGCACUUUGGUCGCUCCUGGCGUCCAGUCUAUGAGCGGAAGUUUGGUUAUCGCGGAGAGCGUCUGAUUGCUGCUCUCGGAUCUGGAUAUUCAGUCCCCCAGCUGCGGCACUUUGGAGCCAUUCCACGGGAGUACGGCACUCCCCACUACCCAAGUUAAGUGGGGAUUGGUGUCCUAACUGCUGUAGGUAGUGUAUUUA